AUGGCCACGUGGAAGAGCUAUGCUAGAAUCAUAUUGGCUCAUGUCAGUCUUAUCGUUUUAUCAGUUGUUUAUGUUGGAUUCGGUGCUUUUCUGUUUUAUCAAUUGGAGCAACCGAAUGAAGUUGAAGUGAGAGCAAGAAAUAUUGAGAGGUUCAAUAUACACAAAAGGCAAAUGAUUGAUCAUUUAUGGGAGAUGAGAAGCAGUGGAAUUGGACAACACGUCGUCGAAGACAUGGCUGUGAAAUACGUGGAUAAUGUGACCAGAAUUCUAUUCGAAGCCUUCGACACUCAUUGCAUCGGAGCAAAACAUUUGAGACCUGGUGGCGAGGAUGAGGAUUACAACUGGACGUAUAUGACCGCAUUGUUCUUCACUACCACCUUGCUCACUACCAUUGGAUACGGUAACUUGACACCUGUCACAGGAAGAGGAAAAUUUCUAUGCAUUCUGUAUGCACUGUUUGGUGUCCCACUGAUUUUGAUAACCGUUGCUGAUAUCGGAAAGUUCUUGUCCGAGAAUAUUGUUCAGUUGUAUACAUGGUAUCGAAAACUGCGAGAGAAGUGCUCGAAACAAAAGUACAGCGUAAUUUCAAACAAGGAUGACAAGAAUAAAGAGGGAGAUUUGAAUUUGGAUCACUUGGAAAACUACAUCUCGAUUCCUAUAUUCCUAAUUGUUGCCAUUCUUCUGAGCUACAUAACAUUUGGAGCUGUUGUUCUGAGCAUGUGGGAAGGAUGGGAUUUCUUUUCUGGGUUCUAUUUCAGUUUUAUCACAAUGACAACUGUUGGAUUCGGAGAUAUUGUCCCCUUGAAACGAGAAUAUUAUAUUUUGGAUCUGUGUUAUAUUAUCAUAGGAUUAUCUAUUACCACCAUGUGUAUCGAUUUGGUGGGUAUUCAAUACAUUCGAAAAAUGCAUUAUUUUGGAAGAGCCAUUAAAGACGCUCGAUUCGCUCUUGUAAAUGUUGGUGGAAAGAUGGUCCAUGUUCCGGAUUUGAUGAGAUAUGCAAGUGUUUUACAACAAAAAUAUGGACAGAAAAAAACGCAUGAUACGAUUAUUGUGAAAGGAGCAUAUGCUCCAAAGGAUUUGAGCAAGAUUCGAUUUAUCGAUUUCGGAGCUUUGGCGUCUAUGGAAAGUUGGCAGUCGUUAUGGUCCAUACUAACAGGGAGGACCCAGGAAGUUCAUGUUUAA